ACUUUGGCUCACAACCUCCCCCACGAUUGGUCCAAACUGCCCCUCUGACGCCUCCCAUUGGUCACUUGCGAGCCUUCGGCCUGCCUCGCCAUUGGCCUGUGUCGCACGAGAACUGAUCUCUGGGUCGCGGAGCUUUUGUGAGGCUGUCUGGACAACAGCAACGCGGGGUCGCGGACGGUGGGAGGGAGAAAAAGCGAAGAAAGGACUGAAAGGGAUGGAACCUGGGUGGGGGGAGCACCGCUGAAAAGGGGGAGAUGGUUUAGCAGAAAGAGGCGCGACGACGCAGAAGCGUAGCCGGCUAGCGAAGGUGGCGUCCGAGCGUGGAGAACUUGCAAACCGCAAACUAAACGAGGAGCCUCCAAUGAUGAAAGCUGACAUUUUGAGGGGACUUGACCUGGAUUAAAGCAAACCAGAGGACGCAGAGGAAGCCAUGUCCGCCGCCUUGUCUCAGCAACUGCCAAAGCAGGACAAGGAGGUGGAGGAGGAGGAGGAGGAGGAAGAGGAUGAGGAGCAAGGCGAGGAGUUUGUCUUUGACGACAGCGAGGACGACCAGGGGCCUCCAGGGGUGGCCGGCGACUCGCUUCAAUUGUCAAAUCCGGAAGUCCCACAGACGUGCGAGGACGCGACGCAGGCUGUCAAAGACGUCACGCCACAGGAAGGAAGCGCCAGCCAGGAUGACGUUCAAGUCGCUCAUUCAGCCAGCGGGCUCCCUGCAGCAGCACAGCUAAUAACGUUUGAGGGCGAUUCAGGAGUCGGCGAUACGGAAACGGCAAAGCAAAGCUCUGGGGACAUCCCCGAAGCCUCACAUGAAGUUGAAGCUGACGUCAUCUAUGACGACGUCCCGUGCGAAGAGCCCCUCUCUCCUGAUGAAGAUAUGCUCUACGAGGACAUCCAGCGGGACUCCUGCGGUCCAUCUGUUGCAGGCAACGGGUGGAGCUCCAGCGAGUUCGAGAGCUAUGACGAGCAGUCGGAUAACGAGACCAAAAUGCCCGCACGCAGCAAGCUGUCCCCCGAAGUGCGGCGGCUGAGAGAGCGCUGCGCCAGGACCAAGCGUGAGCUGGCUAUGAAGCUGUCUGGCAAGCACAACUAUGACAUAAAGGUGCAGCAGCUCAUGAAGGCGGCCAGAAGCAACACCAAGGAUGGACUUGAAAAAACCAGAAUGGCCGUCAUGCGCAAAGUCUCCUUCCUUCACCGGAAAGACACCAUUGAGGAAGAGGAUGAUGCAGGCUAUCUGGAUGUGGUGAUAUCGGACGUGACUCAUCCGCCGCCGCAGCUGAGCGCCAUGCCGGAGGGCCUGACCAGCCACCAGGUUGUCAGGCGGCACAUUCUCGGUUCCAUCAUCCAGAGCGAGCGCAGCUACCUGGAGUCCCUCCGGAGGAUCCUGCAGGAGUACCACCGACCUCUGCUGGAAGCCGACCCGCGCAUCCUGAGCCCUCGCAAGAUCCGACCCAUAUUCUACAGAGUCCGGGAGAUCACGCAUUGCCAUUCCGUGUUCCAGAUUGCGCUGGCAUCACGCGUGGCUGAAUGGGACAGCUGCGAGAAAGUCGGAGACUUGUUUGUCGCCUCGUUCUCCAAGUCCAUGGUGCUGGACGUGUACAGCGACUAUGUGAACAACUUCACCAACGCCAUGGCGCUCAUUAAAAAGGCCUGCCUGUCCAAACCGGCCUUUCUGGAAUUCCUCAAGAAGAAGCAGGCAUCCAGCUUGGACCGCAUCACUCUCUACGGCCUGAUGGUGAAGCCCAUCCAGCGAUUCCCCCAGUUCAUAUUGCUUCUGCAGGACAUGCUGAAGAACACGCCCAAGGGCCAUGUGGACCGACUGCCGCUGCAGCUCGCCCUCACCGAACUGGAGACGCUGGCCGAGAAGCUCAAUGAGCAGAAGCGGGUCGCCGACCAGAUUGCGGAGACCCAACAGCUGGCGCGCAGCGUCGGCGAUCGUCUGCUCAGUAAGUGUCCCUCGCAGCAACUCAACCUGGAGCAGGGGUCUCUGGUCCAGUGCGAGACGCUCAUCGAGACCGUGUACGGCGAGCGGGGACAAGUCCUCAAGUCCAAGGAACGCAAGGUCUUCCUCUUUGACGACGUCUUAAUCUGCGCCAACAUAAAUGUCAAGGGGUCUCCAGACAUCAGCAGCCUGGUCCCGGUGGGGCCCAAGUACACCAUGAAGUGGAGCGCCCCCUUGCAGCAGGUGCAGGUGGCGGAGGUGGGUCAGGAGACCUGCCAGGGCAAGGACGUCGUCUUCCAGCAGAAUGCGAGCAAGCGGCAAAGCGGCGCCCACGCUUCAGGGAAAUCCAUCCUUGGUCCUCCACGGCUCUACCAAGAACUGCAGGAACUUCAGCAUGACCUUUGUGUGGUGGAGAACGUGACGCUCCUGGUGGGCACCCUGGAGGGGACGUACCAGAACCUGAACACCACGGUGGCCCAGGACUGGUGUCUGGCUCUGCAGAGACUCAUUCGUAUCAAAGAAGAGCAGAUUCAGAGUGCCAACAAAUGUCGCUUACGCCUGCAGCUGCCCGGCAGGCCAGACAAGUCCGGUCGUCCCGUCAGCUUCACGGUGGUCUUCAACACGCCAAACCCGCUCAGCAAGAUCUCCUGGGUCAACCGGCUGCAUUUGGCCAAGAUUGCGCAACGCGAGGAAAAUUCUCCCGGCUGGUUGUACGAGGAGCACGAGGGCAAGCCGACGGCCCCGUUUUGGUGCCCCCUUCUGGCCUGUCACAUGCCCGUUUUUGCUACCAAGUCCCCCGAGAGAAAGCUCGAAGCUGCCAUCCACAAUCCUGUUCACUGUGCGUUGUUGGGCUUCUCGGCAGCCAGCACAUCCUUACCUCAAGGCUUCCUCUGGGUGGCCGCCGGCGGGGAGGAAGCCUCUCAGGGCCAGAUUGAGAUCUUCUCGCUCAACAGGCCCGUGCCAAGGGCCGUGAAGAGCUUGCAAGUGGGCUCCGCCGUCCGCUGUCUUGAAUACGUGCCGGAAGCUUCUCCCAGCGAGGAGGCGGAGGCCGCAGCUCACAAGGGAAACGCCGCCAGCAUCUGUGUCGGAUUAGAUGACGGACGAAUUCUGGUCUACGGCAGCGUGGACACUGCGGCUCAGUGCCUGGUGACCCUCAGCAACCCCCGGGGCUGUCCCGUGCUGUGCCUGAAGCACUCGCCUUGCUUCCUCUUUGCUGGCUUGCGCGACGGCACCUUGAUGGUUUACGGGAGGAAAAGCGGCGAGGAUCUCUGGGAUCCCGAUUCCAGCAGAAGCGUGAACUUGGGUUCAGAUCCAGUGCGGACCCUCUUGGUGCUAGACGACUCGGUGUGGGCGAGCUGCAGGAACUUGGUCACGGUGGUUGACAUCUGCAGCCUCGACACUCAGACACUGGAGGUUCACCCGGACCCGGCGGUUAGCGUGUCGCACGUGGCGCGCGCCGGCGGCGGCGUGUGGAUGGCGUUCUCGGAGGGCUCGUCCAUCCGUCUCUUUCACACCGAGACGCUGGAGCUGCUGCAGGAGAUCAACAUCUCCACGCGUUCCUCGCCGCUCAACACCGGUCAGGCGACCAUGCGAGUCACCAGCCUGCUCAUCUGUCAAGGACUCUUGUGGGUCGGCACCGCCCAAGGCCUCAUUGUCACCCUGCCGGUUCCCAAACUGGAGGGAAUACCCAAAAUAACAGGAAAAGGCAGGAUCUCGCUGAACGGCCACAGCGGGCCGGUGGACUUCCUGGCGGCCGUCACCAGCACCUUGUCUCCGGACCUCCUGAAGAGGGACUCGGUGGCGGAUGGCCCGGACUCGGCCUGCGGGGGCGAGGAUCCCAGCGAUACCUCCUCCCAGGAAUCCCUGCAGCACCCGGGCGAGGGCCGGGUGGCGGGCGGCGGCGGCGGCGUCCUGCUGCGGUACAAGCUGCGCUCCACCUCGGGGCUGCCCGGACGCCCGCUCACGGCCGCCGCCGACGAGGCCUCCGACUCGUCCCUGGAGUCCCUGGAGCACAGCGUGGAGGACGGCUCCAUCUACGAGCUCAGCGACGACCCCGAGACGUGGGUGCGGGGGCGCCCCUCGGAGAAGGACGGCAAGGCCAAAGACAGGGUGGUCUCGGCCGCCGUGGUCUCCGGGGGCCGAGGGUUCCGGAGGCUGCGGGAGGGGGCGCGGACGGCCGGGGAGCCUUCGGAGAACGUCCUUCUGGUUUGGCAACUCCCGUUGACUGUCUAAUUUAGAACAACGCGCUUCACCUCCAUCUUGGAGGCUCACGCGUCGAAGAAGGGAAACCUUGGGUUUUAGCAUUGACGAGUCCAAGGACUAUAAAAUCAUCGACCAAUAACAGGUAAUAAUUCCCAAGAGGACAGGUAUCUUUAAAAAAAAAAAAAAAAGCAACUCUGAGAGCACAGAUAGCAGAAUUGUCCCGCUUUGCCUGACGGUUGACUCGCAGCUCGGAAUCGGCAUUACCGCCACCUGCGGGACAGGAGUAGAACAAUGCCAAAUGAAUUCCAUGCCACUUUGUUUCAAAAGAAACCCUUGUGAUGGGAGCGGGGUGGGGGGGGCUGGGGGGCGCAUUUUCGCGACCCGGCUGGGAGCCCGCUUGCCAACGGUGGCUUCAUUCGCGCUUGUCUCAAGACGGAACGCGCCCUCGCAGCUGCUCACGGGAUCACGCCGAUCAAUGACCACUAAACAAACCAGAUGUACUUUAUUGCACAUGUCUAAUUUUGAUGUUCUAAUUUUGUUUUUGUUUUUUUAACAUUUGCGCCAACUAAAAUUGUUUGAGCAUGUCGCACUUGCUUUGAUCAGCGUUGAGCUAAUGAAAGCUUAUUUAUAUGAAGGAGGUUUGGUGCAACGAACGCACUGGCGAGACGAAUGAGGAUACUACCAGAAAAAAGUUUCAAAGAAUUCAUUUGGUGGGGUUUAAAAGGGACACACUUUUCAAAAUAAAAGGAAAAGGAAAAGUUGCUUUUUUAAAUUGACAUUUUUCUUUAUUUUGGGAUAAAAAAAAUAUUUUUUUAGAAUAAUAAAUUAUGGAAAAAAAAUGCCCCCCCCCCUUCUUGUUUCCUUUUUUCUCUGAAAAUAACUUUUUUUCCCCCCAUCAACACUCUUUUCUGGUGAAAUUCUGACAUUCUGCUCCCAAGAUUCCACAUUCGAUGUUGUCCCGCCUCCUUGAAAGUUGACGUGAGUUCCGUUCGGAGUGGUCAUCCCCUCCCGCAAGCUCCAACUUUCCUUUGUCUCGAGCUUUCCAUGUUUUGACUCUCUGUGACUUAUCUCCACUACCUAAAAGGGUACAUGAAUGAAAAUCCAUUUUGCCUUGUGUCGUGUUUUUGAUAUGGAAAAUGUUUUUUGGGGUUUUUUUUUUGCACAUUAUGGGCCUAUUUGCACCAACCAACGCAUCUUUAGCUAAACGUUGCAUGACUAUUUUCCCAAUGACGGAUGUUUGUUUUCUGUAAAUGAAUGCGUACAAGCUUGUGGGCGAGGGGGGGGGGGGGGUCCGGGUACAGAGUCAAAAGAUUUUGUGUUUUUGAAAAAAGAAACAAUGUACCGAUGAUAGUCGUACUUUCUGGAAUGGUGUUCUUUUUGGAAUGGGGUGUUUUGGAAGCUGGUGUAAUUUUAAGGGUAAAAAAAUACACUGGUUGCGAUAGAAUGGUUGUGUGUCAAAAAUACGAUAACGUUAUUUUUUAGGAGGCUAUUUUUGCGCCCUAAACACUGACUGUUCAUCAUUGUCUAAAUGUGAUCCGAGGGAUGAUGAUCAUUUUGUCCUCUAAAAAUGUUGACUCUAUUUUCUUUUUUCUCUCCCCAAAAUGUGACUUUUCUUAGAACAGCGGGCCUAUUUUUCUUUUCUCCAAAUUGGAUGUCCUUUGUGAGUUUCAAAUGUCAAUGUUCGACUUGACUUGUGCGUUCACCUGCCGGGCCGCAGUCCAUCCUCUGCUGUUUUGUUUUCCAUCGUUCAUCUGUCAGCAUUUCGUCAUGAUUUCAUCAGGAAAUUCUGCGAAAGGAGCCGUCGCCAUUGCCGUCCUUCUUGCCGCGGGAAGCCAACUCCGGACGAACGGCGGAAGGUUACGCCGCUCGGCAUGGCCGCCUCGAGUCUUGACAUAACCUUGGGGGCGUGCGGGGCUCGCCGCCUUAUCCUUUCAUCAUCCAUCCAUCUGCGGGAAUCGUUCCGCCGAAAAGCCGACGCAAAUCCGCUUCGCCGGCUGUCAUCUAAAUGUAAAUGCGCGUAGCAAACGCGCACGACGCCGACUCGUGUGCCGCGACACCCUCGUGGUGAGUGCCGAGGUGUUUGGGCCUUGCCGUGUUUGUUUUCCUGCGAAUGAAAUAUGCAUGAGUCCGUCACAAACGGGGACUGCGACGAUUGAACCUUUUGUAUCCAUGAACAUGUCGUGUUUGACUUGGAAGCGCACACAAAUAUCACUAAUAAUAAUUAAAGCUGGAGCUGACUUGGUA